AUGUACCCCAAUUCAGAUACGAAAAACCCCCAAAAAAAAACGACAGCGGCGCAGAUCAACUGUUAUGCCCUUGUUCAAAGAUGUAGUUGGGAUUUAGUUGGCUGGCGCCAUAAAAAACUCAUUGAAACUUUGUUCAAUAAGCAUAAAAUAGCGUUUACAUCCAUCAACCAGCCAAGUGGCCGAGCAGUAACUCAGCCAUCACAUCUUCCUUGGUCUAGUGGUGAUGAUUUCCGCUUGUCAUUAACACCGAUAAGCGCGGGAGACCGGGCGACGUCAAUCCAGCCCCAAGCGCCUGUUAUCAUCAAUCACGAGGGCGAAAGACGUGAUAUUGUUUACUUCCAAGUCAGCAUUUAUGUAUAG